AUGUCUGGAGGAGAAGUGGCCUACACAGUACUGGAGGUGCUCAUCGCUGUUGCUUGCUGUCUGGGCAAUGUGCUGGUGAUCUGGGCAGUGUGGUUAAACAGCUCUCUACGGCAGCCCACCUUCUGCUUUCUGGUUUCUCUGGCUGUGGCAGACUUCCUUGUAGGUUCUGUGGCUGUGCCAGCGGCUAUACUGGUAGAUGGAAGAGUGCAGACCUCAUUCAAUGUCUGUCUCUUCAUAAGCUGUGUGGAAAUUCUGUUGACAUUGGCCUCUGUACUGUUUCUGCUAGCCAUCUCUGUAGACCGAUGUCUACGCGUCUUCAUCCCGCUCAGGUACAAGAGGACAGUGACAGAGAGGAGAUCUUGGGUGGUGGUAGCAAUAUGUUGGUUUGUUGCCUUCAUGUUGAGCUUCCUACCCAUGUUUGGGUGGUACAACCGUGACACCUUGUCUCACUCAGGGAACUCAACCACCAUCAUCUGCCAUUUCCUGGCUGUGAUUCCCAUGUCAUACAUCGUAUACUUCAAUUUCUUCCUCUGCACCCUCACCCCGUUGCUUAUCAUGGCUGUCCUGUACUGCUACAUAUUCUGUACGAUCCGGAAGAACCUGAAGGGGAGGACGGGUAGCGGUGCCCAGUCCCACACCUACUUCAGGAAGGAGAGGAGCCUGGCCCGAUCCCUGACUCUGGUCCUGGUGCUGUUCGCCUUCUGCUGGCUCCCUCUGCACUUCAUGAACUGUGUUGCCUACUUUGGUAACCCAUCAGACAUACCCCACCAGGCCUUCUACGUGGGCAUCCUCCUCUCCCAUGGCAAUUCAGCUGUCAACCCGAUCGUGUAUGCCUUCAAGAUCCGCAAGAUCCAGGAAGCGUACCUGAGGAUAUGGAGGAAGUUUGUGUGUCGAGGUGACAACCAGACCACUGAGAAGAACAUCAGCAGUAACCCCAGAAAUGACUAAUUGAGCGGCGUUCAACAUUGUGAGUGAGGGACAGUUAGUGACAUGUAAAGAGUGUGGUAAGAAGUUAUAGUUCCAGGGUUUUAUUCUCAGAUCCUUUGAAAAUGGUCAUUGUAGGGAUGCAAAGCAAUUUAGAAUGUGGUCUACAUCUCAUAUGUGUCUUUAUGCGUUGUAUUAACAGUAUAAUAUAAACAUGUGUUACUGUUAUAGAUCAGGUAGAGCUAAGGUCCUCUGUAGCUCAGCUGGUAGAGCACGGCGCUUGUAAUGCCAAGGUAGUGGGUUCGAUCCCCGGGACCACC